AUGAACCUCAGUGAGGUGGAGGUGGGCUCCCACACCCUUAGGAAGCCCAUGGACUUGUCCUGGAAAGGCAGCAACAGCCCCGAAGGCGCGUGGGAACCGCUGUGGAGCGAUCUGCCGCCCUGUGACGAAAGUCAGUGCUCCGUGUUCCCCCUGAGGGCUUUGGUGCCGGUAACCGCCUCUCUGGGUGUGAGUGGCAACGUCGUGGUGAUCGUGCUGCUAAUUGGGCGCUCGGACAUGGGGACCACCACCAGCCUAUACCCAGGCAGCAUGGCAGUGUCCCAUCUGCUCAUUCUGUUGGGACUCCCGUUCAACCUGUACCGCCUGUGGGCUCGGCCGCUUCUCUGCUGCCCAUCUCUUUAUCUGGGCGAGGGCUGCACCUAUGCCACGCGGCUGUACUUGAGGGCAAUCUGCAGCGCGCUGCAAGGGCAGGCCCUUGUCACCAGGCGCCUCGUCCGCGCGCUCGUCGCCACACUCUGGAUUGUGGCGCUGCUCUCUGGUGGGCCCUUCUUUCUGGUGGGCGUCCAGCAAGAUGUUUCCCCAGUUUUCUCCUCUGACCUGGUCCUGAACCACACCUGGCAGGUCAACCCCUCAAUCUUGGUCCCUCCGCCGCCCGUUGGGUCCUCUAGGACACCAGUGCUGUCUCCGUCGUCUGGAACUGAAGCUGUGGAGGCUGCCGCACUGUUCACCCGGGCGUGCCGGCCGAAACCCACGCAGCUCGAGGCCCUGAGGAUCAUGCUGUGAGUCACCACCUCCUACUUCUUCCUGCCCUUGUACUGGCUCAUCAGGGGCGAGCCGGAAGAGCCAGGGUCUGGCUGGACUACAGGGCGGAGGGAAAGGAGCCACCGGCAGACAGUCCGUGUCCUAAUGGUGGUGGUUCUGCCGCUCAUAGUUUGCUGGUUGCCUUUUAUGCUGGCAGAAGCACUUAAGUAACACACUGAAGAUUACCGGAUGGUGUAUGCCUCUCCAUACUUUAAUAUUGUCGCUCUGCAACUUUUCUAUCUGAUUGCAUCCAUCAACCCCAUCCUCUACAACCUUGUUUCCAUGAAGUACAGAGCAGCUGUCUGGAAACUGCUUCUGUCAAAGCAGUCGCUCCAGGCUCGAGGGUUUCGGUAGAGACAGCUGAGGGAAUCCCAAAGGCACUUGCUAGAUCCACAGAGAGGAUGCCCUAACCAGCCUGCAAAGGCGGGUUGGGGAUUUCAGGUCUAUAGAGAAAA